AUGUGGAUGACGGUCACUUUCUUGUCUUCGAUCACUGUGAUGUCUGGCGUUUUAGGUGCCAACACUUUGUCCGUUUGGAUGACGGUGGUGGUGGUUUUGAUUUAUUCUUCAUCCUUCACAAUAGUCUCAGGGUCUUCCCCCACUCCUGCUUUCUCACCCCAUAUCAAAGUCGGAGUAAAAACAGGACAGGAAUGCUACAGCCGUUACAUUCUCAAGGCUGGUAUAAAAGGUAACCCCAGGAGGCCGGUAUUUGGGCGCCUCCAGUUUGCUACAAUGUCGCAGAUCAAAGGAGAGGGGGAAACAGGAAGUGAGCCUGCAAACAUGUACUCUUCCGCCAACUGUUCCAACCUGGAAUUAAAGUCCCCCGGCUUGGAGCUGACUGAGAUGCUGGCUUCCCAGAAUCCCUGUGACAACAGCAGCCAGGAAGCGAGAGGGAGCUUCUUCGACCCCGAGGUCUUGAACAUGACCGCAGAACAGCUCCGGAUAAGGUACCUGGGACCUCGUCGGUCGGGUUUCUUCAUUCCCAUCUGCACCACGUACCUCCUGAUCUUUGUGGUUGGCGCCGUGGGCAACACCCUGACCUGCCUGGUCAUCAUCCAACAUCGCAUCAUGAGGACGCCCACCAACUACUACCUGUUCAGCUUGGCCGUGUCGGACCUGUUGGUUCUGUUGCUGGGUAUGCCGCUGGAGAUCUACGAGAUGUGGAGCAACUACCCUUUCCUCCUGGGCGCGGGCGGCUGCUGCUUCAAGACGCUGCUCUUCGAGGCGGUCUGCUUCGCCUCCAUCCUCAACGUCACGGCGCUGAGCGUGGAGCGCUACAUCGCCGUGGUGCACCCGCUCCGAGCCAAGUACGUGGUGACCAAGAAGCACGCCAAGAGGGUCAUCGUCGCCGUCUGGCUGCUGUCGGUCGUCUGCUCGAUCCCGAACACCAGCCUGCACGGUAUCCAGACCCUCUACGUGCCCGGCUGGGGGGUGGUCCCUGACUCAGCCACCUGCACCUUAGUGAAGUCCCGUUUGUUGUACAACCUCAUAAUUCAAGUCACGACUAUCAUCUUCUUCUUCAUCCCGAUGGGCAUCAUCAGCAUCCUCUAUCUGCUCAUCGGGCUGCAGCUGAGGAAAGAGAAGAUGCUGGAAGCGCUGGAGGCCAAAUCCGGAACCAUCUGCGAUUACCACAAUAUCCGUCUCCAACAGAAGAAGGUCCGGCGGAGGCAGGUCACCAAAAUGCUGUGUAAGUUGAGAGAGUGA